GUUCAGCUGCAAUAAGUGGUAAAAAGCAAUGCCUUGUUUCGUGUUAAGAUAGCAAAUACAAAAAGCUGUGAAUUGAAGCAGGGGUGAAGGGUGGGAUGGAGUGGAGGAACAAAAAAAACUACACAAAAUUGUGUAUUGGCCAAAGCUCCAGCUCCAGCAAGAUGGAAAGAAGCCAAGACGACGGUCAGCAGGAGGGAAAUCUUACUAGUUUUAGUAAUAGCCCCCGCCAGCGGCAGCAACUGUUAUUCUCACACAUACAUCGCAAUGGCUCUCUGUCUCCGCUCUCACACACUUAUACAUACGCGCUCUGACAACGACACCGACGCGCGCCUCUUGCAAACUUUUUAAAGCGGACGCCAACGUUGUUUGGGGCCUCACAUCUUUUCGGCGUGGAACGGUAAAGACCUGUAGAGCAGCGAUUUCCGCCGCUCAGGAUGAGGGCAAAAGCAACGCAAAGCAAAAAUAGCAAUAUUCAUUCAAUCAAAUAAAUAACCAAGUGUGUGUCUGUGAAUACUCGGCAACUACAGGAAGAGAUCAUUUGGCAAAAGAAAGAGAAGAAGCAGCAGCAGCAGCAAGACAUACAUACACACACACAUACAGAUGUAGAUGUAUGCAGAUGCAAAGAAAAGUGCAAAGCGAAAGUUUAAUUGUGGCAGCCAAGCAUCAUUUUCUCUAGCUCUCUCUCUGUCUCUAUCGCGCGCGUGUUGGAAAAACUAACGGCACCCGACACAUUCCAAGGAAAGAGUGAAACAGUGUCUGUGUGUUUUUUUUUGUGUGAAAAGAUUUACAGUGAUUUACAAUAAAUUGUUGUUAGGAUAUUGGCCAGAUGUGUUUAUUAAAUGAUUGCGCACACUGUAUGUUAUUAUGGCCUUAUUGAAUAAACUGUUCUUUCCGUCGGCACCAGCAGCAGCAACAGUAGCGGCCGCAGCGGCACCCACGCACGCGUCAGCGCUGACCGCGUCUGCGUUCGCGUCCCAACAAACCGCAGCAGCGCUAAUUAAUAGCCAAACAACAACAUCAUUACCGGCAGCGUCGGCGUCACGUACAACUCACGCCUCCCCCGCCUCCACUCAUGCCGCUGUCUCUGCUGGCAGCGGCAAUAGUUCGUCGUCCGCAAAAGCUACAAAACAAACUUCGCGAAAUUAUCUAAGUCGAUUCCCCUUCGAGGGCAGCCAAGUGCGUGUGCUGCUCUAUAAAGAGGAUGACACUCGUCGCCUGCUCUUCGAUUCCAAUGCCCUGCAGAAGGUGACGCACAAGGAGGCCUCAACGUCCGUCCCCUCGUCGGCCACUGGGAAAUUCGUGAAGAAUGAAAAGUACACAUCGCUGCAAAACGGCAAGAUCCAGGCCAAGGCACAUUCCAGCAGCAAUGGCAGCAACUUUAUCGAUGUGUGCCCCGAGUACGGCUACAAGCACAAUCGCCCCUCGGGAGCGGAUAUCACGCCACUGGGCGAGAUGGUCUUUGGCUCGCUGCCGAUGUCCUUCUGUGGAACCGCUCUCAAGGUGCACUGGCUGCCGGAACCGGCGCGAAUCCUGUGCUCGCAGGUGUACCUGACGCCCACGAGCAGCAGCAGCAUCGGUGGAGCAGGCCACUCGCCCUACUCGACGCUCUCGAUGAACAGCCUGGCCACGCCCCGCAGCUCCAUUUGCAGCGAGCACGGCUCCAUGGAUGGCCUCUCGAUGAACUCCUUCUCCAUGCCCUUCAGCGUGUGCGUGGGUCGCCAGAUGAGCCUGACGCCGCCCCUCGAUGUGCCUGCCCCGGACCAGCAGUCGCUGUCGACAGUCCAUUCGAGCGAUUCGAGCGGCCCGCGGUACUCCUCGACGUACAGCAAUGCCACGGACUCGGGCUACUCGGCCAGCGGCAGUGGGAGUGGGAGUGGUGCGGGUGGUCCCUAUUCGAGCGGAGAUCAGUGGUCGUAUCAGUAUUCCACACGCAGCAGCUUGGGCAGCGUGAUGUCCGACCAGUCGGAUGCCAUGCGAAAGCUGAGCAUGGACUCGGCCUUCUCGGCCAGCUCCCCGCACCUGGAGGAGUUUGCCAGCGACGGCUGCCUGCAGCGACGAAUCUCGCGCAACCUGCGCACCUCCUUCGAGAACGAGCAUUCCAGGAACGACUUUAUCGGCUUCCUCAGCGACAACUACACGCAGGCCAAUGGCGGCAGCUCGAGCCAGGGAUCGGGCAAUGGCGGGGCCGGUGGCAGCGAAGGCGGUGGCAUGGCUCCACCGCAGUACAGGCGCGCCAGCUACUGUGCGAACGAGUCGCGUAGCAAUCCCGAGAUGGGACGUCGGCAGGCCAAUCUGAGGCGUCGGGCCAAGCUGGGACUGGCCGUGUGCAUCACCAUGAGCGAGUCCUUCGAGGAGGAGAUGGAGCUCUUCUGCAGCGAGCACAUUGCCCUGCUCGAGUCCAUGCUGAGUCGUCUCAGGGCCAGCACAGAGCACGCCUACAUCAAUCACAAGAACUUUUUGCAGAUCAUGUUCCAGGCCUGGCAGGAUACACAGCAGUGGUUCAACGAUCUCUUCACGGCGCCACGCAUCAAGACCCCUGUCUGGCUGAGCAUCACCACCAGCGGCAGCAAGUACUCCAAGACUGUGGCCGAACGCUUCAUUAAGGAACUCUGUGAUUUGCUGUCCUUUGCCGAUACCAAGGAUUCCAAUUUCUUCAUCAGCACAAUGUUGACGGGGAUUCUCACCUACCAUCUGGGCUGGGUGGCCACCGUUUCAGCCUUCAACAGUUCAGGCUCAAGGCGAUCGGACGCCUCUGCGGCCUCCGCAGCCAUUGAACAGAGGGCCAAGCUCCUGCAGGUGGCCCAGAAGCACCCUUACAACGCCCUGUGGGCGCAGCUGGGGGACUUGUAUGGGGCCAUUGGGAUGCCCCCGAAGCUGGUGCGCACCAUCAUCUAUGGAGCGGAGAAGCUGUGGGUGGAGAAGCUCCUCAAUGUCCUCACGUACUUUAUACGCUGCAGCGAGGUGCGUCGCACGGCCAAGCGGGAGGACUUUAACAAGCAGCUGAUCAACGAUCUGGUCAACCAGAGCCAGAACCACCAUCAGAGCCAGGAGCGGCACAAGAGUCCACCCUCGCAGCUGCGCCGUGCGGGCGGUCUGAGCCGAGUGGCCACCUGCAAACAGAAUCUGAAUGCCAUUGCGGACGAUGUGGAUGAUGGGGGGGAGGUGCUGCUCGACUGCUGCGGAGACGAGGAUGAGGACGAGAGGGAUCUGGGGCUUGAAGAUCAGGCAGAUCAGGACGGCAUGCAGACGCUGAAAAAGAACGAGAUACCCACUGUCCUGGCCUUCCGCGACUCCCAUUUUGUGCAGCAGGAGCUGCGUAUUGGCAACUAUUUGAUGGACACGGGCAUCGACAAAAAGACGCUGCUGGCCCGACAGGCGCAGCAGUACUUUCGCACCGGCAAGGAUGGCCGGAUACGUCUGACGGUAACCACGCCCGACAAUGUGGAGCUGUGCAUGGAGGAUGAGUCAAACGGAUCGGGAUCGGGAUCCGUUGGCACAGGCGGCGGCAGCAUCGAUGAUGGGGCCAUCGAAGCCAUCGAGUUCGACGAUGCCACGGAAACACCACCAGCUACAGCCACAGCCACAGCCAAGAAGAACUUCUUGUGGAACAUGGUGCCCAUGGCGGCGGUUGUGAAGGAUGGUCUGAGCCUUGAUCUGGCCAAGCUUCAGCAGGGCAUUAAGAUCAUGAACCGAAAGCUGGAGCGGCGCUGCAGCAGCUACUCCGUCGAGGGAAAUCCAGAUGCCAUCGAAAAACGGGGAGCCCUGGACGCGGGCGACUUUGAGCCGCUCACCCACGAGAGGCGCGCCUCGCAUCUGUCGUUGUCGGCCCUCAUCACGCAGAAUAGCAUGGGGAAGAGCGAUCGCAUGACGUGGGGCAUUGAGCCCAUAAAGGAGAACGUCAGCCUGGAGGAGCAGAUCCACUUCGAUCACUGCCACAAGCUGAUCGAGCGGGAGCAUGGCAUCUGCAGGCAGACCGGCGCGGAUAAUGGCAAUGGUGUGGUCUUCGUCCUGGGCGACAACGAGCCGCUGAUCAAUCUCAAGAAGAGCAACGAAGAUCUCACCGACGACGCAAAGCAGGCCCCCGCCACGCUCAUGCUGUGUGCCCAGCAUCAGCGCACCCACGACGUGGCCAGCAUGGCCAAGAAGCACUCGGGCAUGAAGUUCAACUUUGAGCAGUAUCCCCAGAUAGCCACCAACUACAUGAAGAGCAAGAACCUGGUGCUGUCCAACAACUACGAUCUGCUAAUGGACAAGGCCACCAAGCUAGAGGCGAGUGAGGCUGCCCUCAAGUCGAGCGACAGCAGCGUGACACUCCAUCAGCAUCCUGAGCUGGCGGCCAGCAGCAGCUCAAUCGGACCCAGUCCCAACUCCAAUCCCAGCGCAACGCCGGCAGUGGGCAGCGAGCGGUGCAUUGUCUGCAGCAGCGGUGGGAUGAUGAGCUCCUCGGCGACCUACCAGACGCCAUCCAAUGCCACCGAACUGGAGUUUGAGACGGAUGAGGUGCAUUGCUAUAAUCAGAAUCAGAAUCAGAGCAGCAGAACCCUGCAGCCGGUCAACUCUGCUGCCUCCAUAGAUACCCUCAAGUCCGCACCAGAACCUCCCCAGCCAGCGGUGGUAACGCAGACGGGAUUCACGCGAAAACAGCAGCCCAAGCGGGUGCCCUCGGGUCGCAGCUCCGUCUCCUCGGUGGCCGCGAAGUGCGCGGCCGUGAAUGUGUCCCAGCAGCUGUUGAAGCUACCCGUGCCUGGCAUCAAGGAACUGCCGCAGGACGAUGAGCCGCCGGGCGAUCAGCUGCGAGCGGGUUUCAUUCCCUCGCUGAUGCUGAGCGUCAGCGAUCACUAUGUCUCCGACAUGGUGCUGCAGGGGACGUGUGCACCGCCAAAUAAGUGGGAAAUGCAUCUGCGCGAGGACCUGGCACUGGCUGCACGCUCGGCCUCACUCAUCUCACAGCCGGCGGAGAAUAUUGCCAUUGUGGCGGACAUGGACAAGUGGGAUGUGCGCCUGAUCUCGUCGCAGGCCCAGCAGUUUCCCUAUGCCGGAGGCCAGAGCUCGCCCGUGGGCAUGUCGCAGCUAGUUUCGAGCAUGCUGGAAACCGUUCAGGCCAUGCACGCUGGCGGCAUACCCGCCUAUGAGUGCCUGUCGUUUCUGGAGUCGAAGCUGCAGGAAAUCUAUCUACAGUCGGAGACGUUGGCCGCCUUUCUGCUCGAGACGGAUCCAUGUCGGUUGAGUGACAUUACCACGCCGCUGCAGCUCUCCGAGAACGAUGUGCCGCUUCUGCUCUCGAUUGCCUACAUACACACGCCCAAGAUCAGUCGCAAGUGCGGCAUCAGCUUCAGAUGACAGACGCCGAUCCGCUGCUGACGAAAGGAAAGGACAGUACAGGAUAGGAUAGGAACAGGAUAGGAAUAUGAAUAGGAAUAGGAAGAGAAAGAGAAAGAGGACAGGAGAUGUGCCCAGCAUUGCCAAUCACUGCAUUCAUUUGCAUUCAUCUCAUGCAUCAUCCAAAGCGAAACAAGCAAAUACUCCAGCGAAUUUUCAUUUCACUGAUUUUGUGAUAUAUUUAUGUAGACGUGUAUGAAUCUAGCGCUUAGCCAUAGCCAAUAGCCUCUUAGCCGUAGCCCUCACUCGAUUCAGUCGACUCCCCCGCUCGCGCACCCUUCGACGGGGGACGGACAUUCAUUUAAAUUUAUCACAUCCACUCGUCGUCGGUCACAUGAACAUGAAGAAGUAUUGUAAAUUAUUUGAUUUAGAUUUAGUAGCGGUCGGGUCUGAUUGCGUGUGCGUUGUUCGGCUUAGCAGCACUACAAAGCACGCUGCUAUCGGAUCGAUUGAUCGCCAAUACAACAUAUCGCAUGCCCUGCCCCCGCCCCGUACUUUAGUGUUUGAUUUAGAUUUAAUAAUUUAUGACAGCAAUAUCAUAAUCGUAAGAUUUAUUUGUACACUGCUACAAUAUGCCACGGAUAUGAGCGGAACGAAAAGCAGCUACUGAAGUAAUUUAAUUUUAGUAUGCAAUUCGCAGAAAUUAACCAAAACGAAAUCAAGCAAUGAACCAAUCUAUGUAUGUAUGUAUCUGAACAAAUUACAGACAUUUAUAAUGGAAAGAAA